GGAAAGCAGGAAUCAAUGAUCAUCCACAACUCCACAAGUCAAUUGCUGACCUUAAUAGUCUUGGGAGGGAUGCUUUCUCCAGUCUGACGGAAACUACGGAGAAAUUUCUUGAGAGACACUCAUAGAGCCCGAGACCGUUGAUCACACCAGCCACACAAACUGAAUGGAGCUUCUUUCGUCAUCUUCGUCUUCAUUUCACUCCGCGAGUUUCAUCUCUACCAAUCGACGCGCCGGUCAUUCCAUUCGUAAGUCCACCCGCACCAUUGCCAAAUCCUUUCCACGCAUCGAAGCUUCAUGGCAAGAGCUUGCCGGCGUUUUGGUCUUCUCCGCAAUCCCCUUCACUGCUGUUAAAGCCAUAGCUAACAGUAGCUUUGGGGAGACACUUCGGAGACGAUUGGAGGAGAGAAAAAAGGCUGCCGUCGACGAUUCUGCCAAGUUUAAGGCGCUUGCUGAAACAGCAAGAGAGGAUAGCAUGUGGUAUGGAGAAGCUCGCCCUCGUUGGCUUGGUCCAAUCCCAUAUGACUAUCCUUCUUAUCUUACUGGAGAGCUGCCUGGAGAUUAUAGCUUUGAUAUUGCAGGUUUAAGCAAGGAUCCAAUAGCCCUUCAAAAGUACUUCAAUUUUGAGAUAUUGCAUGCACGGUGGGCUAUGCUCGCUGCUCUUGGUGCAUUGAUUCCAGAACUGUUAGACCUGACAGGAGCAUUUCAAUUUGUAGAACCUGUUUGGUGGCGUGUGGGCUAUUCAAAACUAAAGGGAGACACACUUGACUACUUGGGGAUCCCAGGAUUCCAUUUUGCUGGAAGCCAAGGGGUCUUUGUCAUAGCUGUUUGCCAAGUUCUUCUGAUGGUUGGCCCGGAAUAUGCCAGAUAUUGUGGGAUUGAAGCAUUAGAACCUUUGGGAAUUUACUUGCCAGGUGAUAUAAAUUAUCCUGGAGGCAUUCUUUUUGAUCCUUUGAAUCUAUCCAAGGACCCUGUUGCAUUUGAAGAUUUAAAGGUGAAAGAAAUUAAAAACGGGCGGUUAGCUAUGGUUGCCUGGUUAGGCUUUUACGCUCAAGCAGCUGUUACAGGUAAAGGCCCUUUGCAGAACCUCUUGGAACACAUCUCAGACCCCUUCCACAAUAACUUGUUUUCUGCUCUAAGUUCUCUAUAAGUACAAUACAUUAUUUUGUAAAUGCCAUAGAAUUUUGUCAGAUCUAUAUGUGAAUAUCCAACCUUAUCAUAUACUAGCAAGUGCUUCAAUGAAAUACACUUUAGGCAUAUAUAUUAAAUCAGAAAUCUAUAACCCUUUGCAUCUUUUGUGUACAUACUAAAGGAUUGAGACAAUCCUAUCAUAAUGCUCUUCUAGCA